AAAUUUCUAAACAAGGUUUACAAACAAAGGAGAUAACAGACACCUUCUAUAGAGUUCUCUCUCUUCCAUGGCUUCUGCAAUUUCUUUUGCUCGCUUUCCAAUCCCUACAACAACCAACUCCAUACUACUAUCUCCUUCUUCUUCUUCUCUCCGCUUUCCUCGCUUCUUCCCGCCAUUUUCACACUCACACCAUCCUCGUUUCCCCACCUUUUUCUGCUCAGCUAAGAAGACCACUGCAUUCGCUUUCGUAUCUGCCUCCGACGCCAUUAUCAACGAAUCAAACUCAAAACUCGAUGAUUCCGACUCCGAUACAAAUCCUCCUUCUCCUCCGCAGCAGCAGCCAUCGCCGAGCGUUGUAACGUGGAGCCUUCUCUUUAGGCUUUUACUGAAACACAAGCUAAGGUUGGCUCUGUUGCUGCUUACUCUUGUUGGCUGCACUACUUGUACUCUCUCAAUGCCCUUGUUUUCAGGGCGUUUCUUUGAAGUUUUGAUUGGUGCAAACCCUGAGCCGUUGUGGAGUUUGCUAAGCAAAGUUGGGGUUCUUUAUGCGUUGGAACCUAUUUUAACUGUUAUAUUUAUUGUAAAUAUGAACUUUAUUUGGGAGAAGGUUAUGUCUACACUAAGAGCACAGAUUUUUGGAAGGGUAUUGAUUCAGAAGAUCGAGUUUUUUGACCGCUAUAAGGUUGGUGAACUCACAGGUCUGUUAACUUCUGAUCUGGGCUCUCUUAAGAAUGUUGUGAGUGAAAAUGUUUCAAGGGACCGUGGACUCCGGGCAUUUACUGAGGUUAUUGGAACAAUUUGCAUACUGUUUGCUUUGGCUCCUCAACUAGCACCAAUUCUUGCUGUUUUGAUGCUUGUUGUAUCGGUUUUAGUUGCUGUGUACAAGCGAUCAACUGUGCCUGUUUUUAAAGCUCAUGGGUUGGCCCAAGCAUCCAUUUCUGAUUGUGUGACAGAAACAUUUUCUGCAAUUCGUACUGUAAGAUCCUUCGGUGGUGAAAAGCACCAAAUGCGGAUGUUUGGUAACCAGGUCCUGGCUUUUCAGAGGAGUGGAAUAAAGCUUGGGACUUUCAAAUCUGUCAAUGAAGCUUUAACCAGAGUCGCUGUUUCUAUUUCUCUAUUUGCACUCUAUUGCCUUGGAGGAAGCAAAGUGAAGGCGGGUGAACUAUCGAUUGGAAUUGUGGCCUCUUUUAUUGGAUACACAUUCACACUAACAUUUGCUGUUCAAGGCCUGGUCAACACAUUUGGUGAUCUCCGUGGAAGUUUUGCAGCUAUAGAGAGAAUCAAUUCAGUUUUAUCUGGGGUAGAAAUUGACGAAGCUUUAGCUUAUGGUUUAGAAAGGGAAAUACGGGAAACAAAGUUGAAUGAUGAAAACUAUAAAUUGUUCAUUGAUGAUAGUUCAAGUGAGAAAAAUUUAUCUGUAAAUACGCAUUAUAUGUCAAAUCUUAAAUCAGCUACUGAUAUUGGCAGCUUAGCACUGUCUGGUGAUGUUUGUCUCGAAGAUGUGUAUUUUUCUUAUCCUUUAAGACCUGACGUGGGAAUUCUAAAUGGUCUCAACUUAACUCUGAAGUGUGGAACAGUUACUGCUUUAGUUGGCUCAAGUGGUGCAGGGAAAAGUACAAUAGUGCAGUUAUUGGCUCGUUUCUAUGAGCCAACCCAGGGCCGCAUCACAGUUGCAGGGGAGGAUGUCCGAACAUUUGACAAGAGGGAAUGGGCUCGUGUUGUUUCUAUAGUUAAUCAAGAUCCUAUCCUCUUUUCGGUGUCUGUUGGGGAAAAUAUUGCAUACGGGCUUCCAAAUGAAAUUGUUUCCAAGGAUGAUGUGAUAAAGGCAGCAAAAGCUGCCAAUGCUCAUGACUUCAUUAUUUCCCUCCCACAGGGUUAUGACACACUAGUAGGUGAGCGUGGAGGCCUACUUAGCGGGGGUCAGAGACAGAGAGUUGCUAUUGCGAGAGCUCUGCUUAAAAACGCACCAAUCUUGAUACUCGACGAGGCAACGAGUGCAUUAGACGCAGUUAGCGAGCGCCUAGUUCAGGAGGCUCUAAACCACUUGAUGAAGGGCAGGACGACAUUGGUAAUAGCUCAUCGGUUAAGCACCGUCCAGAACGCUCAUAUGAUUGCCCUUUGCUCGGAGGGCCGUAUUGUAGAACUUGGGACACACUUUGAGUUAUUGGCUAAAAAAGGUCAAUAUGCUCAAUUAGUUGGAACCCAAAGGCUAGCAUUUGAAUAGUAAUAUUCAAUAUUUGCUGGUAUGUUUAGUCCAUUCCAGGUACAUGUCCAAUUAUACAAGUUUUACAGCUCAUUUCAAUGGUGGCUUGGGUUGUUGGGGGAAAUAAUUGAGCUUUACUUCAUAACAUUAUUGAGCUUUACUUCAUAAUAAAAGGUUGUAGUAAAUAGUAAUUGCACUACAUAUUAUAUAUAUCCCAACCUUGAAUAAUUUAUCUCACAAGUAAUAAUCAAUUAUAAGUUUCAUUAGUGUGUAA